CUUUGAUGAUGGACUAGAAGGAUCUUUUUCAAAAACUGCUGAGACUCCGGUAUGACGGGAGGCUUAUUGUCCUCAGCGGGGAUGAUUACGUAGCCUAAAGUUGUUGUUUUUUAAGUCGUUUGUUAUAUACGCUACUAAUUGCAAACUUUGUCUGGAUUAUAACUCUGUACUUUUUCAGCUGGAAUCUGGGAUCUGAACCAACCUGCGCUAAAAACUUUGUAUUACCCCCAGGAGUCAUCCUUGUGUUUCUAAAAUGCUCCUCAGCCGCUUUGUUGCUGUGUUCAUUUUAUACUUCACAGCUGGCUCGGGGACCACAGUACAUGACAGCUCCAAUGACUUUGUAGAAGAAGACUAUGCCCCUCAACUAGACUACAAAGAUCCACACUGGUGUCAUUCUCCGGGUCUGACCAAUGGAGAGGUGACCUGCCACUCCCCUCAAGGCGGUGCCCAUAGGAGCACGUUGGGCACCCGCUGUGAGAUGAGCUGUGAUCAAGGAUACCGUCUGCUGGGGAAGAGCUCCAUUCAGUGCCUCGCCAGCCGACGCUGGUCUGGGACAGCUUACUGCCGCAGGAUGCGAUGCCAUGUGCUGCCCCUCAUUCCUCACGGCAGAUACACCUGCACUAAUGGCUUCAUGGUGGACUCCAGGUGCGACUUCACCUGCGACCCAGGCUAUCGCAUUGAGGGGCAACACUCACGCACCUGUGAGCGCAAGGGAUCGUGGAGCGGAGCACAGCCAGAUUGUGAAGAUACAGAUCCUCCAAAGAUCAAGUGCCCUCCGUCCAGACUCAAGGUGGCCGAGCCUGGGAAACUCACUGCUAUGGUGACCUGGGACCCCCCCGCUGCUACCGAUACUGCUGAUAAAUCACUUGAUGUAAUUUUAGUAGGCCAGGAGCCCGGCACUGACUUUAAAGAGGGAGCAAGCAUUAUCCGAUACAAAGUGUAUGAUCAAGCCAGGAACAGAGCGGCCUGCAAGUUUAUUGUACGUGUUGAAGUGAGAAGAUGUCCAGAUCUACCUCCACCUCUGCACGGCUUCCUCACUUGCUCCUCUGAUGGGAAUAACUAUGGUGCAACAUGUGAAUACCAAUGUGAGGGAGGAUAUGAACGGAGGGGCGUAUCUAGUCGUGUCUGCCAGUUCAACCGCAACUGGGGAGGAGACCCUGUCGAGUGUGUUCCAAUGGAGAUUAAAUCAGAUGUAAAGACAGUCUCCGCUCUCCUGGAUCAAUUCUAUGAAAAGAGGAGGCUGCUGAUCAUGUCUGCGCCCAACAUAUCUGACCCAGACUACCAGCUGCAGAACAUCAUGAUACAAAAAUCAGACUGUGGAUUAGACUUGCGGCAUGUAACAGUGAUUGAGCUCCUGGGCUCCUCGCCUCGGGAGACGGGUCGCAUUAAAGAAAGUCUGCUCAGCUUUGAAGUCAUCGAGGGUUUGAGACAAGCAUUCAGAAUUUCCAGAUAUUACUUCAGCAUGUUGCUGCUGGACAAGCUUGGAAUGGACCGCGAACGCUUUAUUACCCCGAUGGCAUCGGAUGAGCUGUUCUCAUACAUCGAUAGCUUCCUGCUGGAUGAAGAGGAGAGAGAGAGACUGGAGCUCCACAGGGACUUUUGUGACUAAUUUAAUAAACCUCUCUGGUUGCCACAGUGAUAUGCUCAUUAGUAUUACCAAACACAAGAUGAGGAAGGACAAACAACCAGAAACCAGGUCCAGAGGGACAUUAGGAGGGAAAAGAGGACAAGAAGGCACUUCCUCUUGUUCAAAUGUGAUCACUACACAACACUGAAGUGCUAGCACUGUUUUCUCUCUCGAAUAAUCAUCUGAAAGGCACGGAGGACAGAAAACGGACUUUACAGCUACAGAAAAUACAGACAAGCCUGAAUAAAACACAUUAGUAAAAGAAGAAAUACAUUUUGAAGCAUAGAUAUAUUAUAAAAUUAGGUUGGAUACAGGAUGUGGAUUAGUAUUUUUUGUUAAGAAGUCCCUGUUCUUGUCCGAUAUUUAAUAAGAACUAAAUCUGACAACCACUUCUGAUUAUAUUAUCAACAGAUUAUUUUUAAAUCCAGCUGGUAUGGACGAUCAAGCAUGUCUUGUCUUUGGGUUUAGUACAUUUUUUAUUGGGUGAACAGAAUAUUCAUGGUAAACACGGCUCUGAUCACACAGUUAAACAUUAAAAUCUACAUUUAUAGCUAUAAAUAGACACAUUUAAUCAUUUCUAAUAAGCUUUUCAUGCAACUCAUAUAUAAAUAUAAUUUGUACACGAUAGUAUUACAAUUUGUUGGAUGCAACUACCAGUUUAUAAUGACUUGUUUUCCCACACAUCAAUGUAAUUCUGUACACAAUUAUAAAGAAAAAGGUGACACAUUACAACUCUUUCUGUGCAUGAGUGUAUCAGUGUUGUGCAUGAAUUUGAAUUGCAAUAAUAUAUAUACAGCCUAAAUUUAAAAACAUAAAA